AUAGGGUAAAAUUUUAAAAGCUGGGACAAAGGCAGUGGAAACCACUUGAAGCUGUUUACAGUUUUCUUAAUUGUCAGGAUGAGUCCUGUCCUUUUGCUAUCUUUGUUACUUUCAGUUAUUCCACAGGCUGAGUUAGUCCCAGAGAAACCAAAGAGAUCUGCUCUGAACCAACUCACCAGGUUACUGCUUCGCAAAUAUAACUGUGGAGUCCGGCCUGUCCAGAACUGGACCAAACCAACUACCAUUUACAUUGACCUUAUAAUCAAAUCUGUCCUAGAUGUGGAUGGACAGACUCAGAAAGUGACCACCAGCAUUUGGUAUCGCCAAAUAUGGAACGAUGAGUUUCUUGUUUGGGAUCCUGAAGAGUUUGAUGGAAUCACUGAAAUAUCGCUGUCCUCGGAUGCCAUCUGGGUGCCUGAUGUCAUCAUAAGUGAAUUCGUCGAUGUUGGCAAAUCCCCAGUCAUCCCAUAUGUUUAUGUCAACUGCUCAGGAACAGUAAAAAACUACAAACCCAUCCAGGUGGUCUCAGCCUGUCACCUGGAGAUUUAUGCCUUUCCCUUUGACAAGCAGAACUGCACUCUGACCUUUCGCAGCUGGCUCCACUCAGUGAAUGAAGUGGAUUUAGCUCUGUGGAGGCCUGCUGAGGAAAUCGCCAAUGAUACGAGAGAGUUCAUGAAUGAUGGUGAAUGGGAGCUGCUGUCUGUCCCUUCUCACUACUGGACACUGAAUCUAGAGGACAGAGACUACGCACAGAUUCAGUUUAAUGUGCUGAUCCGCAGGCGCCCCCUGCUGUACGUGGUAAGUCUGCUCAUCCCGAGCAUCUUCUUCAUGGUGGUGGAUGUCACCAGCUUCUAUCUGCCUCCGAACAGUGGCACUCGCAUCACUUUCAAGACCAGCAUUCUCUUGGGCUUCACUGUAAUCAGAGUCAAUCUGAUGGAUGAAAUCCCUGCUACCGCUAUUAAAACACCCCUCAUUGCGGUCUUCUUCGCUGUCUGCAUGGCACUGCUGGUGCUGAGUUUGGCAAUGUCCAUUUUCGUAGUGAAGCUUUUGCAUUACAGUGAAAAGGAAAUCAAGGAGAUGUCCAUGUCCGCUUGCUUACUAGACAAAUACGGCUCAAUGGAUCAGAGCUUUAUUGAGAGCGCUUUCACAUCGAUGAAGACACUGGAUGAUAUGGAGCAGUCCGGAGGCUUCGAAUUUGAUCUCUCUCCAGAGCCAGACCUGUUCUCUCUAACAGAAGUCUCAAACAAUGACUCUCCACUGGAGAAGAUCCUGCAGGAGGUGGUGUCUCUCAGACUGUACCUUCAGGAGGAGGACAAUGAGGGCAGUUCACAGUCUUACUGGGUGGAACUGUGCCUGAAAGUGGACAAGCUCCUCUUCUGUGUGUACCUGCUAAUUAUGCUCAUCUAUGUCAUGACUCUACUGCUGCUCUGGGGUGUCUGGAGCUCUGCCUGAAAGUCUGAAGGAGGUGGUUGGGGAAAAAGAGGGGUAAUGAGAAGAGAAGGACAAAACGGAAGUAGAGGGGAUGGAGGAAG